AUGCGGCUACUCCUGCUCCCCAUCCUGCGGGCCGUGCUGACCUCGGCAUCUCCCCUUCCCACUCACAGGAUGCUCUGGGCCCUCCUGCUCUUGGCCACCUCUGGGGGUGCUCAGAGUAGAGACUGGGACAAGCCCAGCUGCACCGAGGACGUGGUUUCCGUGUUCAGGGGCAGGCCAGCCGUGAUGGCCUGCAGCAUCACCAACCUCUUCUCCCACAUCAACGUCUCCCUGCGAACCUACCACGGGGAGAGCUGGCAGCUCAUCUUCAGUGUAAAGGCCCCAGGAAACUUCUGCCAGGAUGGAUGGCAGCUCUGGGUUCAAGGGGGCGAGGCGCACCUGGUGAUUGAAAAAGCCCAGGACGCCCAGGCAGGGCAGUACAGGUGGAGUCUUGUGGGGCUCCAGAGAAACUUCAGAACCACCACCCUGAACGUCUCAGAGCCCCAAGACACACUCUUCACACCUUCCUGGGGCCUGGAGAUGCUGCUCCCCAAUCUCGAGCCUGACCCCGAAGACAAGAGCCAGGUCCAGGUGGUCCUGCCCAUCCUCGCCCUGGCCGCCCUCUCCGUCCUGCUGGUCUGCUUGCUGGCCUGGUGCAGGUCUGGCUCCCAAAGUUCUCCAAGCUCCGGCAAGUAUGGGCCCCUGUGCCUGGUCUGCGGGCCAGUACACCCUGGAGGAUGGCAUGGGGAGAGCUGGACUUCCUGCUCCUUCCAGGAGACCUACGACGACGUGCGGGCAAUUGGUGUGUCCUCAGCCACACUGGCCCUCUUGCAGACCCUCAGACACACCAGGCGCUUUCUGGCCUCAGGGAUCAUGCACUACUGA